CUCAUCUCUAUAAGCCCCACUUGAAGUCCGCGACGCCAAACCCUAGCGCCGGAGUCGCCUCGUGAAAGCAUCUUUCGCGCUCUCCUCUCGCUCUCUGCUUUGCCGAGGCAAGAUAAUCUUUGACCCAAGAUGAAGUUCAAUAUUGCGAAUCCGACCACUGGGUGCCAGAAGAAGCUGGAGAUCGAUGACGACCAGAAGCUCCGAGCUUUCUUUGACAAGAGAAUUUCUCAGGAAGUCAGUGGCGAUGCACUUGGUGAGGAAUUCAAAGGCUAUGUUUUCAAAAUUAUGGGAGGAUGUGACAAACAAGGUUUUCCCAUGAAGCAGGGAGUGCUAACUCCUGGACGCGUCCGCCUGCUUCUGCACAGAGGCACACCUUGCUUCCGUGGGUAUGGCAGGCGCAAUGGAGAGCGCAGGAGGAAGUCUGUUCGUGGUUGCAUUGUUAGCCCUGAUCUCUCGGUCUUGAACUUGGUUAUUGUUAAGAAGGGUGAAAAUGAUCUUCCAGGGUUGACCGACAUUGAGAAGCCUAGGAUGAGGGGGCCUAAGAGAGCCUCUAAAAUCCGCAAGCUAUUCAACCUUUCCAAGGAGGAUGAUGUCCGCAAGUAUGUCAACACAUACCGCCGAACCUUCACAACAAAAUCAGGCAAAAAGUGCAGCAAGGCACCCAAGAUUCAGAGACUUGUGACUCCAUUAACGUUGCAGAGGAAGCGCUCAAGGAUUGCAGAGAAGAAGAAGAGAAUUACAAAGGCCAAGUCAGAAGCAGCUGAGUACCAGAAGCUCCUUGCUACCAGACUCAAGGAGCAGAGGGAGCGCAGGAGCGAGAGUGUGGCCAAGAGGAGGUCUAAGCUUUCCGCGGCCUCAAAGCCAUCUGUUGCAGCUUAAAUCAUAUUUUGUCGCUAAAGAACUAUCUUAAGUUCAUCUUACUGUUUUAGACAAUAGACUGAUUGCUUAAUUUCUUUGAUUUAGUUAGACUUUUCUCGAAUUCCCU